UUGUUGUGGUGUCCAAAUUCCAGAGUCAAUAAUGGCAGCUUGAUAUCUAGAUAGUUCAGCAACCUAACUAAUAAAUCAGAGAUCAGAGUGACCAAGUAACUGAAUUCAGUUCAUUCAUGGCUUCGAAGGAGAUUGAGAAGGAGAUCCCAACAUACAUUACUCUGUACAAAGACGGAACAGUAGAUCGGCCACGACAAACCCCAUACGCGGCACCCUCUCUUGAUGGAACUCCUCAUGUCUCAUCCAAAGACAUAAUCAUCUCACAAAACCCAUCCAUCUCUGCGCGUCUCUACCUUCCAAAACCCCUUCCUCAAACCCACAAACUCCCAAUCUUGGUCUACUUCCAUGGCGGUGGUUUCUUCUUCGAAUCCGCCUUCUCUGAACUCUACCACAACUACUUCAACACCUUCGUCUCUCAACUCCCCGUGCUAGUGGUUUCCGUCGAGUACAGACUCGCCCCGGAGCACUAUCUCCCCGCCGCUUACGAUGAUUGCUUCGCCGCUCUUCAAUGGGUCGCUUCUCACUCCUCCAAUAACACUACCGAGCCAUGGCUGAUCGAUUAUGGUGACUUCUCCAGAAUCUUCAUAGGCGGCGACAGUGCUGGUGGCAACAUCGUGCAUAACGUGGCCAUGCGAGCUGGUUCUGAAGCUCUAGAAGAGGGUGGCAAUGUGAAUCUUCUAGGCGCUAUUUAUGUGCACCCUUACUUCUACAGUUCAGAGGCAAUUGGAUCUGAGUCUGUGAGCGAGCAUGAAAAGAGUUUGGGUUAUAUUGUUUGGGAUUUUGUUUACCCGAAUGCGCCAGGUGGAAUCAACAACCCUAUGGUGAAUCCCUUUGCUCCUGGGGCUCCCAGCUUGGCUAGCCUUGGGUGUUCUAAGAUACUAGUGUGUCUCGCUGGCAAUGAUUCCAUAAGGGACAGAGGGAUUUGGUUCUUUGAGGGUCUCAACAAGAGUGGGUGGAAAGGUAAAUCCGAGCUCUUUGAAGAGGCAGGCGAGGACCAUGUUUAUCACAUCUUCCAUCCUGAAACUGAGAAAGCCAAGAAAAUCACAGAUCGCAUGGCUUCUUUUAUUUUACAUUGAUCACAAUAGCCUACCCUUGUUUGCACCAACAGCAUGAAGCAAAUAGUUUUACAAAUCCCAACGUUCCUAAAUGUCUACAACGAUGGUAGCACAGAACGCCUUGGAAACAUGCCGAGGGCUCCACCAUGUCUCAAUGACCCUGAAACCGGUGUCUCCUCCAAAGACAUUGUCUUCUCCAUUAACCCCCUCCUCUCUGCUCGACUCUACCUUCCCAAACUGAACGCCAAUGAUCAGAAACUCCCCAUCUUGGUCUACUUUCACGGCGGCGCCUUCUGCCGUGAAUCAGCCUUUUCAGAACAUCACCAUGAAUAUUGCAACAUCGUAGCAUCCCAAGCAAAUGUUUUGAUUGUCUCCGUGGAACACAGAAAAGCCCCAGAGCAUUAUCUCCCUGCAGCGUACGAGGAUUGCUGGGCUGGUCUCAAAUGGGCUGCAACUCAUGCCAAUGCCACCCAAAACAGCCACAUUAUCAGUGAACCAUGGCUCAUCGACCACGGGGAUUUCAGCAAGAUCUUCAUAGGGGGUGAUAGCAGCGGUGGAAACAUUGUCCACAACGUUGCCAUGCGUGCCGGUGUUGAGCCUUUACCUAACGGUGUCAAAAUCAUUGGUGCAUAUAUGAACCACCCUUACUUUUGUGGUUCGAAGCCAGUUGGGUCGGAACCGAUUGAAGGGUUCGAGAAAAGCUUGCCGUAUAUGGCAUGGGGUAUUGUGUACCCUGAUGCUCCUGGUGGGAUCGACAACCCCAUGGUGAAUCCAAUGGCUCCUGGGGCACCCAGCUUGGCUACCCUUGGUUGCUCCAAGAUGUUCAUUUCGGUUGCCGGCGAUGAUGUAUCGUUUAGGGAUAGAACUGUUUUGUAUUACGAGGCCGUCAGGGCCAGUGGCUGGAAAGGGCAAGUGCAAUUGUUCGAAGAGAAAGGAGAGCAACAUGUUUAUUACAUGUUCCAUCCCCACACUGACAAAGGCAAGAGAUUGAUCAAGCAUGUUACUGAUUUUCUUAAACAAUGA